CACAUAACAUGAAAGAACAUCAUAAAAUUGUGGCAUGUAUGCAAAAUCAGUAGAAUUUGUCAAAAUUUGUCAGACACUGUCAAGUUAGGGGUCUGGGACACAGGCUAACCCGAGUCUAUUCUGAUCUCUAAAAGUAUUUUUCUUUUUUUAGAGAUCACAUCAGUGGUCGGAUUUUUUGACCUUUUGUCACAAAUAGAAUGUUACUCGCAAAUUUUCAGCACAUUAGAGAUUUACGACCGGUUUUUUCAUGUAAGUUUAUCAAGAGGAUCAACCAGUCAAGACAUAUACAAACUACAACUGUGCUUGGAUUGAAAAUGAAUAAUUCCCAAGACAAUUUUCUGAAGGCUGCGUUGGCUAUGAGUGAGGCAAAGACAUUAGUGGUGACAGCUGGUGCUGGAAUUGGCGUUGAUAGUGGGCUUCCUGAUUUUAGAGGGCCUGAGGGCUUUUGGAGAGCGUAUCCACCAUUGAAAAAGCUUGGAUUAACCCUCCCUGAGAUGAGUACUCCUGCCUGGUUUACAGAUGAUCCGCAUUUCGCCUGGGGAUUUUUUGGGCACAGGAAAAAUCUUUAAAGGCUACAAAGCCACACAAAGGCUUUGAUAUUUUGAAAGAAUGGGCUGAUUCCAUGGAGAAUGGAUAUUUUGUUUUUACGAGUAAUGUUGAUGGUCACUUUCAGAAAGCAGGGUUUGAUGAAGACAGAGUAGUGGAAUGCCAUGGAAGUAUAAACUAUCUCCAACAGGUCAAUGGGAGAGGUAAAAUAUGGCCAUUCCCUGAUGAUCAGAAAGUUAAUGUUGAUGAAAACACACUACAAGCAAUGGAUCCACUACCCUCGGGACCUCCUGAUCUGGAGGCAUCCAAACAGCAACUUGCCAGACCAAAUAUAUUAAUGUUUGGAGACUGGGAGUUUAUUGAAACAAGGACAUCAGAGCAAUAUGCAAGAUUUGAUGCUUUUGUUAAAGAGAAACUGAAAGGUCUAUCAGAUAACUUUGUUGUCAUAGAGAUAGGGGCUGGGCUAUAUGUUCCAACUGUUAGAUUUCAGAGUGAACGAUUAGUUAGUGGUAGAAAAAAUGGGACUUUGAUAAGGAUAAACCCUGUUGAUCAUGAUGUUCCAUUUGGUAAGCAUCUUUCAUUGCCACACAGUGGACUAGAGGCUUUGACAAAGCUGAAAAGUGAGCUAUCCAAGUUAUAGCUAUGGUCAACUGCGAGCAGGGACUGCACACCAGUCUAAAUGUGGGAAGGCUGAAAAGGGCGUAACCAAAAUUUUUUGAGGCCAUGCCCUCUAGAACACCGGAAAACAUCCCUUUUAGAAAAUACUGGCUCAUUUCUACUGGGGUUUAAUAAACAGUCUGGUUCAGAGAAUAUAUUAAUAGCUAUAGAAUAGAUAAAAUUAGCUUGAGAUCCCCAAGAUAAUCAAACAUCAAGAAAAACACUUAGAAAAUGAACAAAAAGGGUUCCCAGUCAAGAAGAACUGCUUUUACUUAGAAGUAUACUAUUCAACAUUGUGUAAACUUUCUAAAAGGUUUUCCAACAUAUAUUAAUUAUCGCAAGCUAGCCCAAUGGCUGUGCGGUGCCUGAAUGCAAGUACAAGGGUUUAGAUUGAGAAUGCAUGCUCGAUUUUAACAAGAAUUUUUAAGUUGCUUAUUUGCAUUUUGUAAUUACUGAUUGACUUCCGUGCUUGAGUUUUAAAGAAAGAGUAAUUAAUUACCCAAUUGUGGUAAGUGUAGCAAAAGUUUUAGCAGUUUAUAUGAGUCAACUGAAAAAGUUUACAAUUUUCAUAAGAAUAAUCUAGCCAUGAAUAAACAUGUAACUGAAAGAAUCUGGUUUAAUUCUAAAACACUCAUUAAAUCAUCAUCUUCACCAAUAGCAGCCAUUUUGCUAUCAAGAGUUUUCCUGGUCAACAAGUGGUUUUCGGUGUGGAAAUAUUUAAUGCCCUUUAAUCCAAAUACAAGCCUGAGAUAAUUGAAAGAUUUAUUAAAGUCAGAAACUUUCCAACUAUUUUUUUUAAAUUGAAACUCGUGUUUUGUUAUUACUAGCUCUAUAAUGUGCAUGACAGCUAUUGAAAUUAGCCAAGCACUAAAUCAAAUAAUGUGAAAUCAAGACUUCAAACAAUGGUAAUAAAUUAUCCCAAUGGAAUGAUAGUUUCCAGGAAAUGUUUCUAAUGUGCAUUAAACUCUCAAGUUUUUCAUCAAGCAUUGGACAAGGUUCUAAUGUUUAUAGAUAUUUUGCCUUUUCAAAAUGUCCUUGUUCUUUUUUCCAACAGCAAAUGAGAUAUGCCUUGGGCAGGGGCAGAAAGAUAUGCCUUGGGCAAUUGAUACUUUUUACUUUUGGAAGCCACAUCCCUGCCGUUUCUAUACAUUUAUGCCCCUUUUUAUGCACUAAACGUUUACUCGAUCACAGAAUUUUUUUAAUUUCAACACGUUACAUUUCACAAAUUGAUUCAAGAUAUAUUUGUACAUUUUUAAUAUUAUAAUUGAUUAAUUGAUCAUUGCUAACUGCUUUGUCAAUUUCCUUUUUAGUAUUCUCUUGCUUGAUUUUGAGGGUUCUGGAGUUUUAGUAUCCGUCUGUAUAAACUCUGCUUUCUGAUUCUUUAUUGGGACUUGAAAUACUUUCUGGGCCCUAUGGUCCAGUGGUACGAUGCUUUUUUCAACCCUGGUCUUGGACCAUAUUGUGGUCCAAAGAAAUGGGUAUUCUUCCAUAGCAAGAAUGUCUGUGUUUGAGUUUAUAUUUUUCGUACCAGGGUCCUUUUUGCGCUGCCCGUUGGUGUGCAAGGGCGUCUUCUAGAUGGGAAUGAUUUUUAAUUACAGGGUAACGAUGCUGGUUGGCAAAUUGUCGUUCAAUCAUUGGCAGGAAGUCAGAGCUAAAAUGUAAUCUUAAAAAACUAAUUCUGAAAUAGUAACAACUUUUUCAAAAUUUCCCGUAAAUUGAAAUGCUUGGCUGGGGCUAUAGCUCCUGGCCUCCCAUUCCCUAGCUCUCCAGCUACUUCUCUCAUAUUUACUGAUAACCAUGGGCUCCGACGCAGGUUGGGAAUCGGGGGGGGGGGGCAAGGGAGAUUUUAAUAAUCAUAGCAAAAGAUUUUUAAAAAGCCCUAUUGUUUUGCAAAAAGCCAUGGCCCGGCUACCAUUCGUUGAAGGCCCUGGUGACGGUAUUUCUAAGACCCAAUGCAAUGAACAUGCAAACAAGGAAAUUCUUGAUAGUUUUUUAACAUUGGGUAAUGUUUCCACCGGUCCAUAAAUCGGAAAAAAAACACCAAAGACAAUAGAAAUCUCAGAUGAAAUUAUACUUACAAAGA